AUGACCAUCUCCCUGUACGACGUGACCAUCCCGGUCCUGAUCCGAGGCCUCAGGAACACGCACGCGCUCGUCCAAAAGGUAAGCCCCGAUCAACGCCCAUCUCCCCCUCACCACCAAACCCUCAUCUCCUCCUUCCAACCGACUAACCAAACCACCCCUUCCUCCAAAACCGAACCACAGGCCUCGACCUGGUGCCAAGACAACAACCGCCCCGAGACCGACAUCCUCGACGCGCGCCUCGCGCCCGACAUGCGCACCUUCGCGUUCCAGAUCCGCGCCUGCUGCGUGCUGUCGCGCAGCAGCACGCUGACGGACGCCUGGCGCUGGUGGCCGUCGACGACGGCGCUCGAUGACGAGAGCAGCCUCGCGGGGUUGGCGGCGGCGCUGCGGGAGCACAUCGGGUUGUUGGAGGGGGUGGGGCGCGAGGAGGUGGAGGGGAGGGAGGGGGUGGGGAGGCAUCUGUGGACGGGAGGUGAAGAGGGCGUGGGCUUCGAGGCCAAGUUCGACGACAGCAUCAAGUUCCUGAACCAGUUCGGGCUGCCCAACUUCUGGUUCCACAACACGACGGCGUACGCGCUCUGCCGGAUGAAAGGGGUUCCGCUUGGCAAGUAUGACUUCCUCGCUGGCGGUGGGGCUUUGGAGUGA